AUUUAUAUAACUCUUCACAAGAUUACAGCUUCUUUUGAAUAUUUUCCGCAUUUUAUAAUACGUUCAUUUUUGCUUACAUAUUUCCCCAUAACUCUCAAUAACUUUACAUUACAUUUUUCAGCUAUCUAUAACUUUCUAAAUAUCUGUAACUUUUUUAUAUACUUUUCCAACACUUCUCUUAUCCUUUUUUAACUGUUCACAGCUCCUAAUAACUUUCUUCAGCUUUUCCAGCAUUUAUAUAACUCUUCACAAGAUUACAGCUUCUUUUGAAUAUUUUCCGCAUUUUAUAAUACGUUGAUUUUUCCUUACAUAUUUUCCCAUAACUCUCAAUAACUUUACAUUACAUUUUUCAGCUAUCUAUAACUUUCUAAAUAACUGUAACUUUUUUAUAUACUUUUCUAACACUUCUCUUAUCCUUUUUUAACUGUUCACAGCUCCUAAUAACUUUCUUCAGCUUUUCCAGCAUUUAUAUAACUCUUCACAAGAUUACAGCUUCUUUUGAAUAUUUUCCGCAUUUUUUAAUACGUUCAUUUUUGCUUACAUAUUUCCCCAUAACUCUCAAUAACUUUACAUUACAUUUUUCAGCUAUCUAUAACUUUCUAAAUAUCUGUAACUUUUUUAUAUACUUUUCUAACACUUCUCUUAUCCUUUUUUAACUGUUCACAGCUCCUAAUAACUUUCUUCAGCUUUUCCAGCAUUUAUAUAACUCUUCACAAGAUUACAGCUUCUUUUGAAUAUUUUCCGCAUUUUAUAAUACGUUCAUUUUUGCUUACAUAUUUCCCCAUAACUCUCAAUAACUUUACAUUACAUUUUUCAGCUAUCUAUAACUUUCUAAAUAUCUGUAACUUUUUUAUAUACUUUUCCAACACUUCUCUUAUCCUUUUUUAACUGUUCACAGCUCAUAAUAACUUUCUUCAGCUUUUCCAGCAUUUAUAUAACUCUUCACAAGAUUACAGCUUCUUUUGAAUAUUUUCCGCAUUUUAUAAUACGUUGAUUUUUCCUUACAUAUUUUCCCAUAACUCUCAAUAACUUUACAUUACAUUUUUCAGCUAUCUAUAACUUUCUAAAUAUCUGUAACUUUUUUAUAUACUUUUCUAACACUUCUCUUAUCCUUUUUUAACUGUUCACAGCUCCUAAUAACUUUCUUCAGCUUUUCCAGCAUUUAUAUAACUCUUCACAAGAUUACAGCUUCUUUUGAAUAUUUUCCGCAUUUUAUAAAACGUUGAUUUUUCCUUACAUAUUUUCCCAUAACUCUCAAUAACUUUACAUUACAUUUUUCAGCUAUCUAUAACUUUCUAAAUAUCUGUAUCUUUUUUAUAUACUUUUCUAAUACUUCUCUUAUCCUUUUUUAACUGUUCACAGCUCCUAAUAACUUUCUUCAGCUUUUCCAGCAUUUAUAUAACUCUUCACAAGAUUACAGCUUCUUUUGAAUAUUUUCCGCAUUUUUUAAUACGUUGAUUUUUCCUUACAUAUUUUCCCACAACUCUCUAUAACUUUACAUUACAUUUUUCAGCUAUCUAUAACUUUCUAAAUAUCUGUAACUUUUUUAUAUACUUCCCUAAAACUUCUUGAAUCUUUUUUUAACUGUUUAACUGUAGCUCAUAAUAACUUUCUUCAGUUUUUCCAACAUCCCUAUCAUCCUCUAUGCGAUUCUGAUGAAUUAUAACUCUUUUUAAUAUUUCUUUAUUUCAAUUACCUCUAAAUAGCUUUGUACAAUUCCUAACGAGUUUCUAUAAUUUUUCCUAAUAUAACUAUCUAUAAGAUUAUAUCUUAUUUUCUAAAUUUUUCUAAUACUUUGUAUCCAUACUGUCAUCAACUUUUAACGAAUUUAUCAAAUUUUUAACGCAUUCCUAUAACUUCUUAUACCAUUUUGAAUUUCUGUAACUUUCUUUAUAACUUUGAAAAUCUUUCAGUAACUUUCAACACUUUAAAACUUCCUAUAAUUCAACUGAACUUUUUCUGUAAUUUUAUAUAAACUUCUUUAUCUUCCCAUCACUUAAUAUAACUUUAAAAGUUACUUGUGAAGCUUCUAAUCAAGAAUUUAAUAUCUCUUUAUACUUUUCCUCAUAACUUUGUUUAAUUUUUUAUAAUUCUCUGCAACUUUCUAAAACACUAAUAAUUCUCUAUAACUUUUUUAAUUCUGUAAAUUUCAUUAUACUACUUUUUAUUAUAUCUAUAUAUAACUUUUUAUUAAAUUUCCUGUAACGCUCUAAAUUCUAUCGUACUACCUUGUGUAACUUCUUAUAACUUUUUACACCACUUUGUAAUGUUUUAAAGCUCUCUUAAUUUUUCUUCCUUUAUUAUAUUAUAUAAUUUCUUUUAACUUUCUAUCACUUUAUACAACACUGUAAUUUUCAUUAACUUCUAGUUUUUUAUAACAUAUGUGCUCCUGGUAACCUCUACAAACUAGUUAUCCACAAAUUUUCAAAAUUCCCAUAAUUCUUUAGAUAUAUUCUAAUACUUUUUGUAAUGUCUCAUAACUUUCUGUAGCUCUGUAAUUUUCUACUUUCUCAAACUUUAUUUCAAAUUCUAUAACUUCUGGUAAUUUUCUUUAAGUUCCUAGCAUUAUAUAACUAUUUUCUUUUAUUUGAAAGUUUCUGUUUAUGAUUUUAUAACUUCCUACAGAUUUCCACAACGUUAUAACUCUCCAUAACUCUCUGUAUUUUUCUCUUUUGUAUUCUAUAAUUUUAGGAAACUUCUUAUAACUUUCAUUCAUUCUAUAACCCUCUUUAAUUUAUUUGUAACUUUACAUACUUGAUUAUAUAACUUCUUGUAACUACCUCAAACUUUCUACAAGUCUAUAACUUUUCUGUUACUUCCAUAUUGUAUUUUGUAACUUCAAGUAACGGUUCUAUAACUUCCUGUAACUUUCUCACACUUUCUAAAUCGCAGUAGUAUUUUACUCUACUAUAAAUUCUUGUAAUUUCCUAUAACUUUUUAUAACACUAUAACAUUUAUGAAUUUUCUAUAUUUUAUUCUAUAACUUCUCGUAACUUUCUACAAUUUUGUAGUUUGUAUACCUAUCUUUAAAAUUAUAUAACUUCCUAUAACUUUUUAGAGCUAUCUAGAAAUUUUUUGCUUCUAGUUUUAGUAACUUCCGACAUCUAUUUAAAAUUUUCUACAACUUUUCAUAGAUGAUUGUAUCUUUCCAUAACGUUAUAUCACUAAUCACAAUUGACUUUUUGUCUUUCUUUUAUAUCUAUGGACGUAAUUUUCUCUAAGCUGUAUCUACAGUUUAAGAAACAAAAUUCACUGUUAUUUGUUGUAAAAAAAAAGGAAUUUAUUAUAGUAAUAAGUUAUCAAAUAUUUAUCUAACCUUUUCCACUUUUUUCAACCGAGUAUUUAUCUAUGUCUUUAUUUUGGCGUCAAUAUACAUUUUAUCAUCAUAAUACCUUAACACUAGCAAUGAUACAGCGAUUAUCACGAAAAUUUCGUUGCGUAUAUUCAAAUAUUAUGAUACAUUAUGAUACAGUCUCGUAUAAAGAACAAUAUACAUUGCAUAAUUCAAAUCAAAAAAAAUUAUAAUGACGUCAAAAAUUACCAAAUCAAAAAAUGAAGAUGCAAACAAUGGAAAAACAUGGUUCGAAAUAUUGGUCAUUCUUAUAGUGGCAUUCGUUAGCUUAUCUGCAGGUAUACUAAUGACCUGGCCGUCACCUUUCAUCGUACAAAUAGUGAAUAACAAGGAAAAAUAUGAUAUAACCGAAGAAGAAGCAUCUUAUUUCACAGUAUUCAACACAGUGGGAGUUAUACUGUUCCCACCUUUAUUAACACCAAUAGUUAAUCGUUUUGGUAGGAAAAAACUGAUAUUACUCACUUCAGUAUUUUAUAUGAUCACAUUCAUUAUCAAAGCGUUCGCUAGAUCAUUGUGGUUGUUCUAUUUCGCUAGAUUUUUAAAUGGAUUCGGGGAUAGUAUUACUUAUACUUGUGUAGUUGUUUACAUUGGAGAAAUCACAACUCCUAAAGUAAGAGGUGUUUGGGGAAACGCAGUCGUCUGGUUCGGGUUUUUGGGUCAAUUCAUCAUAAACGUUCUAGGAAUAUAUUUUGAUGUAACCACUACGUCCUUCAUAUGUUUAACAAUUCCUACAUUUUUGCUGAUAGUUUUUCCAUUCAUGCCCGAAAGUCCUUAUUUCCAUUUAUCUAAAGGUAGAGAAGAAGAGGCUAAAACAAGUUUGAGAAAGUUACGACGUAAAUUUAAUAUAGAAGAUGAAUUUAUGAGGAUGAAGACGGCAAUAGAGAAAGAAGAAACUGGUUCUUGGGGAGAUUUGUUUAAAAAUAAGGUUAAUAGGAGAGCUUUAGGGACAGCGAUGUUUCUAAGAGUAUCACAAAUUUGGUGUGGAAUUUUCACAUUCGGUCCUUAUAUACAACUGAUAUUUCAGAAAUCCGGUAGCAAUUUGAGUCCAGAGCUUUGCACUAUCAUUUAUACAUUCGUUAAUUUUCUUUUCUACUCUUCUGCGGCUUAUGGUUCAAAUAAACUUGGUAGACGCGUUUCAUUAAUAUCAUCGUUAGUUUUAACUUCAAUAGUAUUCAUUUUAGAAGCUAUUUAUUUUUUUAUUGAUGAUUAUUACAAUAUUAUAGACCUUACAUCGCUAAGAUGGUUUCCUUUAGUAGGAUUAAUGGUUUUCUUACUGUUUUCAUGCUACGGAAUCGGAACUAUACCUUUUCUCAUGCCUGGGGAAUUGUUUGCUCCUAGUAUAAAAGCAAAAGGUGUCGCUUUAGUGAUUUGCGUUUUCGGUCUAUCAAAUUUCAUAGUUAAUACUUUGUUUUAUAAUUUAAUGACAACAGCAGGUUUGGGAGCGCCGUUUCUAUUUUUUGGAAUAUGUAGUAUCAUUUCUGCGAUCGUAUUUUACAAAAUUCUUCCAGAAACAAAAAACAAAACUCUCGAAGAGAUUCAAAUCAUCUUGAGUAAAAUGUGAAUGAUCUAUAUAGGAAAUAUACUUAUCCGCAUGAGAUAUAUUGACUCAUCAUCGAAAAUUAAGGAUCUUGGAAAACUAAUGCAGGGUUAAUUUAAAGUAUAAACAUUUUCAAAUUUUACGAAUGAGAUUAUUCAAUAGAAAGAAUUUGAGAAGUAUUGCAUGGCUGCAAUAGGAGCAUAUUUUUGUUAAAAAUUGUGUAAUAAAUUAUUGAAAAGCCAUGUUGAUUUGAAUUUUACCACUUUUCAAUCUAAAUAUUAUGUUGACUGAUGCGCUAUAUUUUCGCGAUAUAACGAAAAUACUAACAUAACAUAUAUAAUUUUCUGUUUUUCCUAAAUUCUAAUAUCAAGUUUAGGUUAUUUUAAAAGCUGUAGAGAUGAGAUGUCUAAAUACGAAAAAUAUUUUGCAAUUAUGUGAAAGACAUAGACAAGAUAUGGUCCAAACAGAACCAGUCGAAUAAAUCACCAACGACCAGAGGGAGUCAAAAAAACUUUCCAACGCAAAAUAGAACUUGAACGUAACGCCAACGAAUAUAUACAACUUUAGACGAUACGCAUGACAGAGAAAUAGAACUGCAGAUUCUGCAAUUGCUCUGUCCGUUUCUUCAAAAGUCUUAAAUACCUUGAAACAAUAAUACUGACACGUUGAGAAGUGGGCACAAAAACCCCAGAUAAAUAGCCUCAAGCGCUCAAGAUGUACAACACCUCCGAUCUUUUCACAUUAGUAGAAGGGCACUACACAACGUCGACCUGAGCUUUAGCUCGACGCCGUGGAUGAUCGCACUAGCGACGAAAUAAAUAACUGAGUGAAAUUCCGAAAUUGACAUUGUCAAAAAUUCUGCCAUAAAUUCGUGGAAGUCUGUUGAAUUUACAAUAUAUGUAUUCACUAAGCCUCCAUAUUGUAAGUCUAUAGCGCUGAAGAUGUGCGUUUCACGUAUAUAACACCCACGAUCUUUCCACAUUAGUGAAACGUCUUCCUGAGCAUUAACUCGACGCGACGCUUCAGAUCGAUUUCAUUCAUCUAUGUGAUCUACUUCAAGAGCAAUACAAUAAUUCCAACAAUUUCUUACCGGAAAGCAUUUGUUGAGAUAAGUAAAUCGCCAGUAAUCACUGGUGGCCACAUCUGGACUAUAAGGUGGAUGCGAAAGCAAUUCUAAGUGUAAUUUAUUAAAUUUAACCAUCAUUGCCAUCGACUUGUGAAUCGGUUCAUUGUCUUGGUGAAACAAUGGUAUUAUCUUCGACAUAUGAGGCCGUUUUUCCUUGAUUUUUGCAUUCAAACGUUCAAAGAACUCUAUUUAGUAUUUUCUUUUGAUUUUCUCACCCUUUUGGAGAUAGUGAAUGAACAAUAUACCAUGCGUAUCCCAAAAUAAUGAAGCCAUAAUCUUCUCAGCUGACUAUUAUGCUUUUGGACGCUUCGGACGUGGUUCACUGGCUGUAGUCAACUCAGAUGAUGGUCGUUUUGAUUCCGGAGUGAAGUAAUAGAUUCAUGUUUCAUCCAUUGUCACAUAUCGAUACAAAAAACUUGAUUAAUUACGUGUAAACAUGGCCAAACACUGCUCUGAAUGAUCAAAACGUUUUUUUGAUCGACUGUGAGUGAACGCGCCAUCUACUUUAAAAAAAACUUUUUCAUGGUCAAAUGCGAAAGCUCUGAUGUCUUUACGGCCUUAGCCAUCUCACAAACUUUCAAUAUAUGAUUAGAUAUAACCAAUGUGUGGACUUUUUUGAUGUUCUCUGGAGUAACCACCUCAAUUGGACGACCAGAACGUUCACUAUUAUCGGUGCCUGUAGGACCACGUUUAAAUUCAGCAACAACUACAAAAGGUUCUUUUCAAUAAAACAAAGUCCGUAUAACACUUUUGAAGCUAUAGCUGAGCUUGUACAAUAUUUUUUCUCAUCAAGAAGCAAAGAGAAAUUGUUUUGAAAAUAACAAAAGUAGCUUCACUUAAAUGGCUGUCACUUUUUUCUGACUAAUCGAAAUGUCUUUUUGAAGUUGGUACUUUAUAAACGUCAUAUGACAGCGCCAUCUGUGUGUGUGUCAGUCACACGACUUAUUGAGUAAUGUAUUAUGUAAAAUUCCAAAACUCACGUUGUGAAAAUGUGGUGAGAUUUGUCAAAAACUCUGUCAGAAAUUCAUGAAAGUCUGUUGAAUACAUACAUUUAUUAUUACAUAUUAGAAGCCUAUAGCGCUAAAUAUAUUCGUUCCAUUUAUAAAACACGAUUUUUUUACAUCGAUGGAGUGGAAAUUUCAGCUUUCAAGGACAGUGGCGUUGUGAAUUUUGAAUGGAAUGUAGCCAAAUGAAUCAUACUAAACUCAAUGCAAGGUUGCUACGUUAUAGCCUCCAGAAUUUGAAUUCUUGUAAAUAAUUUGAAUCCUUAAAAUAAUCAUCACGCAACAUAUACUAAUAACAAAUUUGGUGGCAAGAAAAUAACAUUUAGAAGUUACAAACGUUUUUAUUGAAUUAUAUUCUUAAAAUUUUAUAAUUCAAAGGUAUAGAAAAUUGUCUUAAAGUCUAGUUAAAAGUCUAGACAAUUAAUUCAGCGCGGCUGUAACCUUUUUCACCUAUCCGAAAUUAUAGGGCGUUUACGUUUGCACUAAUUUCCUCUUCUCAUGAAAACUCUUUCCUGCUAGUGAAACGUUAAAGCUAGGAAACAAGAGAGCCAAGUCUGGUGAAUAAGGUGGGUGGUCAACCAAUUCGUAAGUUUUAGCCUUGGCGAUCACCGAAGGUGCGUUGUCCUGGAAAACACUUUCUUUUCCUUCAAAUUCAAUCACUUCUCUGCAAUAAGUGACAUCUUAAGGUUGAGAUCGGAAGCCUUUAAAAUAACUAUAUUAAUAUACAAGACAUAAAUCUGGUACCGUAGUUAGAACAUUUGGUACUAGGAUUGAGGUUAUAAUAUUGAUACAUUAAAAAUUUUGAGGCUUAGUACGCUUCUCUUUAAAUUCUGUGGGUAUAUCUAAUAGAUAUCUCUGUGUUUACUGUUCGGGAAAGACGUGCCUUGGUAGCAGAUUUCACAGGCUUGCACUUCUCUAAAGAAAUGAGUCUCGAUAAUUGACGUUCUGGACGUCUGCAGGCGAACUCUGAGUUCACGAGCCACGUCUGCCCCUCGACUAGGUGUUGCGGGAUUAUGUUAGACAGCUCGGAAGAGAAUCUGCCUUGAUACUAUCGAUAAAACAGAGUCAGGUCAGUGACCUUUCUUCUACACUCUGAGCUAUCCAGGUUUCGAAUCAACUCGGAUCGCCUAUAAGUAGAAUUGCUCUCUUCUGUAUUGAGUCCAACUUCCUAAGGGUAUACUUGGGAGCUGAGCUUCAAAUGUGCGAGAAACUGUGGCAAAGUAUAUAGCUUUUUGGUCUUAAAGAGGGCUCCAAGUUUUUGUGAAGCUGCCUUAGCUAAUCCGGCCUAGUGACGAUGCCAGGACAAUAUAUUUGAACAUAGAGUACUUAACAACAAAAUUGAUGUAUCAAUUCAGUUUAUAGAAUUUAUAAGACAGUAAAAUUACAUCCUGUAUGUUUUGUUUUAAUUCUAAAAUAUGCUCCUAAAUACAUUUCUUGAUAUUUAGUUGAAGAUAAUCAGAUUUUUCCGUAUUUCAAACUAGCCCUGUAUAUUUUGUAUGCUUCAAAAUUCAAAUUAUCAUUAUUAAUCCUUACGCUUUUUUUGUAAAUUGAAAUUAAGUUUCAAUAGCUCCGUUUUUGGUUUGUUCUGGAAAUUUAUUUUUUGUUGUCGUCGACAAUUUCCGGAUAACCUGAUGUUAGUUAUUAUUGUAUUUAUAAUAACAAUAUGGAAAAUUUAGGUGUUUGUGGAGAUUGUUAAAUCCUUAAUUAUAUUUAAAUAAUGUUGUAUACAUUUAUUUGAUUGUGAUAAUAAAUUUAUUUUUGUUAA